AUGAGAAGAAGAAGAUCAUCAUACACCGUGCACGAAGAAUUAUUUAACAAGUUACUCGGGGGUGAUCAUGGAUCAAAUCCAUCACAUUGGGGGGUGGUUUUAGUGAUAAAGGACAGACGAAGGAGAGGCAGGCAGAGGCAGAGCGGUGGUGAUGAUGAUGAUGAUGAUAACUAUCCAGGUCGUGCGCUUAAAUUUUUGUUCAUCAAUGCAAGGCGGAGGAUUGUUCAGCCGUUAAUUGACCAAUCGAAUCGAGCAGGUGGAGUAAGUGGUUCAUCAAUGCCCGCCGCAGGAUCUUUAUAUUUGCGCCCAAAAAAUAAAAUAAAAGCGAACGAACCCAAGUCUGGAGUUUGGAUCAUUAGUCACGGUUUUCUGGAAGGCGAGUACGAGGGGAUGAAGAGAAAGAAGGGGAGAGAAGGUAGGGGGCAGGCUGGAAAAGUGAAAAAUGAACAAACGGCGAAAACGUCUCAAUUCUCAAAAUAUUUACUUUUUUCACCUCACGCAGGUCCGAGCGGAGCAUAUAGUCCAGACGGUUCAAUGGGUUACAUGAUGGACGGUCAAGCUCAAAUGAUGCAUCGGCCGCCUGGAGAUCCUAGUUUUCACAACGAAUAUCAUUACCCACCACAAUAUUACGGCCACCAUCUGUAG